AUGGGAAAAGCGGAAGCACUGACGAUUCAAAUCUUUCUUCUCCUUGGCGCCGCCCUGGUUUCCAUAGGCGGGCGAUUAUACGCCCGUUGGCGGCAGGCUGGAAUGAAGAAUCUUGGUCUUGAUGAUGGACUUGCCAUUGCGGGAGUGCUCCAGAUUCUCUUUGUGCCCAAUGUGGUGUUGGCGUACAUGAUGAACACGCGGACCCAUUGGAUGGGCAAUCACUCUGUCGGCAACAAUACUGCAACACAGCCGAGCCAUGACGAAGAUCAGAUGAGGGAACUGGGAUCAAAACUGUAUCUAUACAGCUGGUUAUCCUAUUCCGCUGCGUUGUGGACGUUCAAGGCAGCCUUUCUCGCCAAUGUCCUUCGUCGAGUUCCCGAAUCCGGUAGACGACAAACCCACCAGUAUCUUGGCUUUGGCUUCCUGGCUGCAACAUGGGUAGCAACGACGAUGGCUCUCCUCCAAAGCUGUCGACCGUUGCCUCACAUGUGGCAGGUAUAUCCCAGCCCAGGACUGUACUGCCAGCCUGCUACUUCGCCGGUGCUGGUUUGGGUAUACUUCAGCUUCGAUAUCAUUACAGACCUCUAUCUGGCGUCUGCUGCUACUUCUGUCGCCACCAGAAAAGACAAACCCACGUGGGAAAAGCUUCAGUGGGUCGCAACGCUUGUUUGCGGGCUUCUUGCAACGGCCGCCGCAGCUGCGCGCGCUAUCAUUCUAGUAUCGGUGAGUUGGCCUUUGGUUCUUCUGCUAUGGCGGCAAUCCAAAACUAAUGUCGAUGUCAAGGAUCAACAUUCAAACGCAGAGCAGGCCGCAGAAUCUUGGGCGAUCUGGCAGAUGUUCAUUUUUGUUGCUGCAGUUGAUCUAGCAGGGCUGUUUCAUCAACCACCAACGUCUCCCUCUUAUCCACCCGAAAAAGAUUUUGACGAUGCCGCGUUCAACAGUUUUAUUUAUUCGGAACGAUUUUCUACAAGACAACACAGCCUCGCCGAGUCGGACGCAACCAUUGUUGUCACACCCGAGGUAACAAAUCUGUACGAGAAAUUUCCCGAGCCAUCGACCCGAGAAAUUGAGGCGCAAGGGCGUCGAAACUCGGGUAUUGAACGCAAAGUCGAAGUAUCGGUGUUUCAAGAAAGCUUCAUAAUAGCUCCAGAGGGACCGUGCGACAUUUGUGGAAAUUAUACAAGAAGCUGGGCAAACGACGAGGACGCAAACAAGCCUGAGCAGAGGAGUUCCUUUUUCGGAAGCAACAUCCAUUUUCAUGUUCCAAAGUACGGUGUUAAAUCACAGGAAGCUUCAUGA